AUGGAGCCGGGGGUCUGGGCCGCGCGCCGCGCCGGCCGGGUUUGCGCGGAGGGGAAGCGGGGCCGGGGUCCGGCUCGGGCGCCUGUGCGCGUGCGCCCCCGUUCCGCCGCGCUGGGAACCGCGGCCACUUGGGGUUUAGACAGGGACUGCGCGGAAUCAGGGACCCGACCACGCUCCCGGGGGCGCGCCCCUCCGCGAACCAUCGCUGCGCUCGCCCCAGGCAACCUGCCGGCAGUGAGGGACUGUCCUGGGCGGCCUGGAGAGGCAGCCUGUGAUGGGGUCUGGUCAGUGGCUCAAAUGGAGGAGCUGGCCGAAUUCCAGGGCCCCAGGAGGCCCCAGCUGAGGGAGGGACUCCUGGGGAACCCCGGGGAGGGGAGCUGGUGCACACCGGGGUACUCAGCCUGCAUUCCCCUAUCAGACAGCACGGUGCAUGGGGCUGUGUGCCUGGUGGCUGAGGCAGAAGAGGGCCAGGCCCUGGACGCCAUGGACAGCGCUGAGGCUCGCGGGUGCGCAGAGCGCGAUCUUCCCACCCAGAAGGAGAGCGGAGGGCCCUGGGGACCAGGUGGGGGGCAUCUGCCGUGGACGGGGCACCGGGGCCAGCAGGUGCGGACUGGGCAGCGCACCUGUGCGGGCGGCGCACACGUGGGAGGACACGUGCUGGGGGCGGGGCGCGCGUGGGCCCCGCCCGGCCCCGCCCCGCUCCCUCCAUACGGCUGCGCGGUCAUGGCGUCUGGGGGUCUGGAGCCGGGACGGGGGAGCCUUGGAUCCCGAAGGUCUGCAGGCAGCAGGAGCACACGCCCCCUCGACACCCUGGUCAGCUGUGAGGACCCCACUCAGGGUCCCCGAGCGCCCGAGGCCCAGGGUUCCGGCCGCCGCCGAAACGUGCUUAAGGAGCGGGAGCGCAGGAAGCGGAUAGCCGUGAGCUGUGAGCGGCUCCGGGCGCUGCUGCCCUGCUUCGCCUCGCGGCGGGAGGACAUGGCCUCAAUCCUGGAGAUGGCAGUGCAGUUCCUGAGGCUGGCCCAUGCCCUGGUGCCCACCGCCGGGCAGCAUGCGGUGCCUGCCCCCUCCCUGGAAGUGUACCCUCGAAGGUGGCAUUGCAGGACUCCGCUGGGGAGCCAGGCUGCAGUCAGCACGCCGGACUUGGGGACAGGCGAGCUCAGCCUAGCUAGGCCACAGGAACCUUCACAUGGGACACCCUUGGGUGUGGACGAGAGUGCAGCCCCCUCAGCACUGGCCGAGGUGCUGGGUGGGUCACCGGCUCCCCCUGGCCAGUUGGUACCUGGCAGUGAUGACAAUCAAAUCCCCUGCAUGUGCUCGUCACCCCCCCAGUAUGAUGGGGGUGUGCGUUCCUCAAAGGUGCCCUCUAAGCUGAGCACCCCCACACUCCCUGGAGACCAGGCCUCUGAGGCACUGUGCCUGCCCUGGGAUCCUCCCUCACGGCCCACCUCCCCUCUGAUGAGUACUCUAGCUCAGAGCUGGCCUGGCCCGGCCGGGGGGACUAACAAAGCCGGGCUGCCCCCACUGAACGCCAGCUCUGAGUCGGGACCUGAAGUGGACACAGACACAGCCUUCCUGCUGGCUGCCAGCCCUGACUGGUGGCGGGGUUCCCUGGGGGCCCCCAGCGAUGGGGCCCCUACCCCCGCGGACAGAGUGGAGCUGGACGCCCUGGGGGACACAGGUCCUGGUGUCCAGGAGCUGCAGGACAGCCUGCUGCAGCAGUGGGGCCGGGACCUGGGCUGUGCAGGGCUGGCACUACGUGAGGGACCAGACGCCCUCUUCCCAGACCUGUUCACCUGCCGGCCGUGA